AUGCAUUCUCCCUGCUUCCACGUAGCUAUAGUCGGCGCUGGCCUGGGAGGCUUAGCUGCGGCCAUCGGCAUCGCUCGAGCAGGCCAUAAGGUCACCGUAUUGGAACAACAGACCGACAUUCAAGAGCGUGUCUCCGUUCGCCCAAGAGAUUUCACCGUGAGAGCAUACCGGACAGGCAAGGUACUUUGCGUCCAAAAUGCGUUCCCAUAUACCUUUGAGCGAUAUGGCCUCCCAUACCUUCACAUUCAUCGAGCAGACUACCAUAGCAUCCUGCUGCGUGAGGCCAGGAGGCUAAACGUCGAUAUCCGCCUGGGCUAUACUGUCGUUAACAUCGACUUCGACGCCCCUGCGGCCCAACUGCUGGAUAAACCUGAUUUUCACGCUGAUGUGAUCAUAGGAGCUGAUGGACUUCGGUCCGUUUGCCGUGAAGCUCUGCUGGGACAUGCCGACCCUCCUCACCUGACAGGUGAUAUGGCUUAUCGCAUCGUUAUCGAAGCAGACGACAUAAGGCAGUACCCGGACCUGGUUGAAUUUGUAGAACAGCCGGGAAUGACACACUGGAUUGGACCGGGCGGGCAUGCAGUAUGCUACUCUCUGCGGGGUGGGGAGUCGCUCAAUAUUGUCUUGGUCUGCCCAGACACUCUGCCGGAGACGUUGAACCUUGCCGAUGCAGAUCUAGAGGAGAUGAGAUCUUUCUUUAAAAACUGGGAUCCACGGUUGCGGAAACUCCUUGGCCUGGUGCAGGAGACGCAGAAAUGGCGGCUGCGGAAUAGCAAAAGGAUGCGCUCAUGGUCUCACCCCAAGGGGAACUUCGUCCUGCUAGGGGAUGCCUGCCAUGCCACUCUCCCUUAUCUGGCCCAAGGAGCCGCACAGGCUAUCGAAGACGGGGCUACCCUCGGUACCCUGUUCAAGAAGAUCCGGAGCAACUCUCAGCUGCGUGAUCUCCUAUCGGUAUAUGAACGUAGUCGCAAGGAGCGUACCACCAAGGUUAUCCAGGGCAGCACCGCGUUGCGAGAUGUAUUCCACAUGUUGGACGGUCCAGGCCAGCAGAAACGGGACAUCAAGCUCCUCCAGCGGAACCCCUUUGAACCAUAUCCUAUCCCCUGGAUUGAUCCCAAAUUCCAGGCGUUCCUAUUUGGCUAUGAUGCCUUUGCUGAAGCAUCAAGCGCUUGGGAGAGAUAUAUGAACGGCGAGCAUUUUGCGCCGAAGCUGGGGUUCCAUGCCCAUCUAUAG